GAAAAAACCUGAUGCCUCCUAUCAACAUCGGAUAUACACUGUGAUAGACAUCCACCAUGCCGCCGCGUCUACAUUGGAAUUUAUUACAAUUACCCUCGCUCCCUGGGAAACCUCGAUUCAUCGUACCGCAAUGCUCAAUACGGAAUUUCGGCAUCAGGUCUUUGAAUCCACCGAAACCUGAUCGGUUCAAUGUUGGCGACGACCUUCCUGUUCUCAAAUCAACUUCAACUGCAGCUCUUGAGCGCAAAGCGUGGACAUUACCUCCUCGAACCGGUGCCAUUGCAAUUAAAAAGGGGAUGACAGCGAUAUACGAUGCGGAAACUGGGCAACGCCUAGCAUGCACAGUCUUACAACUUGAUCGGGUUGAAGUCGUAUCACACAAAACCCGUGAGAAGCACGGCUAUUUUGCCGUGCAAGUCGGUGCUGGCUGGCGCCAUCAUAGCAAUAUGCCAAAGUCACUGGUGGGCCAUUUCUCUGCCAAUGGUCUCUCGCCCAAGAGACAUGUGUAUGAAUUCCGAGUGAAGGACGAGAGCGGCCUGUUACCUGUUGGUCAAAUUAUCAACGCGGGUUGGUUCCAGGAAGGGCAAUACAUCGAUGCGCGGUCCAAUACCAAGGGAAAAGGCUUUGCAGGAGUGAUGAAGAGGCACGGUUUUCAUGGUCAAGAUCGCAGCCAUGGUGUCAGUUUGACGCAUCGAUCUCUUGGUUCUGCCGGACCAAGUCAGGGGGGUGGUUCGAGAGUGUAUCCAGGAAAGAAGAUGGCUGGAAACAUGGGCAACGAACAACACACUGAGCAAAACUUGAGGAUUCUGAGAGUAGACCCUGAAAAUGGGCUUGUUGUGGUCAAAGGUGCUGUGAGCGGCCCCAAAGGUUGUGUCGUCAGAAUUCAAGAUGCCAUCAAAAAGCCAUGGCCAGAGCAUACUUCUGUAGAAUAA